AGGUGAAGUCUGAAUGGUAGUGUUUUUCCGCAUCAGUAGAACAUGGAGAUGAACAAAGAGAUGACUUUCACGUUCCGUCAGCAGGCCAGACGGCUACAAUCAUGCCUUCUUCUGCUGCUCUUUCGCUUUGUCCCGCAGAUAUGUGCCGACUCGGCGAAGAAACAGCCUGCUCAAGAAUCACCGUUUAGCAAAGCCUCCGCCCCCUCCAAAAAGAGAAAAAUAUCUCGAUCCGAGCUACAGCUUGCUAUGCAGCCAGCCGCUUUAGUUGCAGUCGCACGAUCACAAGAUAACCUCCAGGACGCUCUAAAGUGGUACGAGGCUGCGGCCAAUCGAAAGCACGUCCCCUCGAUGCUCGAUACCGCAGCCGGCUAUGCGCAACAAGGUAACUGGGACAAAGCAUUGGCUUACUACAAAAAAGCGGCAAUGCGUAAGAACGAAAUCGCACUGUACGAAUUGGGUGUGCUGUUUCAACAAGGCCGCGUCGUUCCCAGAAAUUUCACGAAAGCAGCCUAUCUCUAUUCUGAAGCGGUAGUACCUCGAGGUCGACACGUCUCAGCGAUGUACAAUCUGGGCAGACUGUUGGACGAGGAAGCAGCCGAAGAAGCCGAGGAGAAGAAGAGGGGAAGCAGGAAGAAACGAUCAAAAGACGUGGUCGUGGACCUAGACAUGAUUCGAGAACACGUGGAAAAGGAUGAGUGGCGCGAAAGCAAACACUGGUAUGCGCAAGCAUGUGAGAAGGGGAAAGAGUAUCUGGAAGCGGCUUCGAAUUCUACAUCUACGUCCUCUAGAACCACGUCGACCACUGCAAAACGUAAAACAGCGACAUCUUCAGUUAAAACAGCCUUGAUAUUAGGCGAAGGAAAUUAUGAGGAUUUACCAGCUGCUGAUGCAGGUGUCCAACAUGUGAUACGAUCACCCGUUUUGAUCGAAGAGGAUGAUGCGCCACUGCGCGAUGUACUUCUACAGGGUUCUGCUGAGAGUGUACAACUAGCAGAAGAGGAACCAGAAGACGACUUUAGUGACUGGGAUGAUGAUGGAGAUGUGGAAGUAGUUGACGAUUCUUCGACAGGUGGAACAUCGCCUAAAUCCAGUGGUGAUGCUUCUCCUGGUAAACGCUCUUCACCCGACCGCCUACUCGUCGCAGAUUUCCUCGAAGGCAAAACCGACGAGGAAUACAAGGACUUCAUUCGCCAAUUGACGAAGCAAGCCCAAAUAGAGGCUGAGAUUGAGAACAACAACGUAGAUUUUGGGACCCUGACGAAGCAACAGCAGGAAGUGCUGGAGAAAAUGGACCUCGAUCCUUCUUCUUCGACUGGAGCUUUUGUGCUCUCCCCACGCCAUCCUGGGUGGGAGAAAGUGCGCCGUGACGCCAUAGACGCGGGAGCAAAAGCUUGCUACGCUUUGGGCAGACAGCAUCUGGAGGUAUUGGACAAGGCUUCACAAGAACAUAGCAAGAAGGACGAGAAAGCAAAGAAGGGUUCUUCUUCAGCACCGUCCUCGUCUUCCUCUUCAGCAGAUGGACCUCCCAAUCUUCGAAACAACCGAAAUGAACCAGCUGGCGCUACAUCAGCAGUAGAGCAAGAUCACCUGAACCACAUGCAGGAAAACAUGCUAACGCCUGACGAGAUCCUCCACUUCUUCCUCGACGCUUAUCGUCUCAACCCAGAAAAACAAGCAAAAGCCGCUUACAAUGCCGCAUUGCUUUACUUCGCCACCGAGAGAAGGAAAGACGCCUAUGCGUAUGCUAAGAAAGCAGCAAAACAGGGUCUCGCGGAAGCGAUGACGAUGCUGGGCACGUUGUAUGGACAGGAUGGAAAGUCUAAACGGGCAGAGAAAUGGAGGAAAAAAGCGAGGGAAGCAGAGAGAGCUAGAGAGGCGGAGAAGAAAACUAGAGAACUAGAUGAACAAGAAGCGAAAGCACGUAGAAACACGCACAGGAAGAAGUAGUAGAUGAACUAUGUACUCCUGAUUGAAUGAAGAUGAACCACGAACAAGCGUAAAGAAAAUAACAUCCCCGUUUUCAACAAAAGAAACUGAGUUUGAGCUAAUACAAUUUUCAAUACAACACUUUGCCUUCCGCUGCUUCAAGGCGGAAAGCGCGAUCUUGUCGUUCUUCUUGCCGUAGUUCCGAAGAGGCGUUGCAUCUGUGGCGCACCAGGUCGAACUCGGUUCUUUUUUUCUUGUUUUCUUGCGAUUCCGAUCGUGAUUCCAC